AUGACAAGCUGGAAAAAGGAGUAUAUUGAAGCUAUGGAGGACAAGUUGCUGGAUGUCAAAGACGAACUCGCCGCUUCGCCAACUUCUCGUAAUACCGUGGAUUUCUAUCGCACCAAGCCUGUACUGGACCGGAGAAUUCAUAUCAUGGGCAUUGGAAAUGUGGGAAGCUUCAUUGCACAUGCUCUUCGGGGAAUUCCCAACCCCCCUCCAGUGACGCUGUUAUUUCCGCGAUGGGAGAGGCUGAAGGAGUGGAAUGAUUCGCCGAAAAAAUUGACCUUGAUUACCGACGGAGAUGUCGAGGUGCAAGAAGGAUACGACGCUGAACUGGCUGUACCGCGCAUACGAUAUCACGGGAAAGAGGUGGGCUUGGACGCUUCGUCUACGGAGACUGCAGGAGACGUUACUAUCUUGGAAGGAGAAUCAACGGAGCCCAUAAGCUCUCUGAUAAUCUGCUCCAAGGCACCAUAUGUCUUGCAAGGCCUUUCCUCUGUGAAGCAUCGACUGCACAAGGAUUCUGUCGUUUUAUUCUUGCAAAAUGGAAUGGGGAUUGUUGAAGAGGUCAAUCGAGAAAUCUUUCCUGAUCCAGCGACAAGACCACAUUACAUGUUGGGCAUUAAUUCACACGGAAUGCACACCUCUCCAAAUGGCCAGUUUACGACUGUUCAUGCUGGAUUCGGAACCAUCUCCUUGGGUAUAUUGCCACAUGAUCGAGACCGCCAGCCAGACUCACCCUACAUGCCCAAGCCGAAAUUUACUGGUCAAAAAGAUAGUGCGCCAGUAUAUCCCAGUCCUCCUGAUGAACUCAAUCCCGAAUACCCUCCUCCAAGCAGCGCAAAGUUUUCCUUUACACCAAACCAACGUCAUCUACUGCGCACUCUUCUCCGCACACCAGUGCUCAGCGCAACGUCUUUUUCACCACCUGAUCUCUUGCAAAUGCAGCUCGAUAAGCUUGCAGUCAAUUGCAUCAUCAACCCUUUGACCGUGCUUCUUGACGCACGAAAUGGCGCUAUUCUGAACAACUACGCCUUGACGCGCACAAUGCGUCUUCUCCUCUCAGAAAUCAGCCUCGUCAUUCGCUCUCUGCCUGAACUCCAAUACAUUCCGAAUGUCCAACAGCGUUUCGAUCCAGGCCGUCUGGAAACUGUAGUUGUCUCGGUAGCAAAUCUUACCAGAGACAAUGUGAGCAGUAUGCUGGCAGACACGAGAAAGGGUAUGCAGACAGAGAUAGACUACAUCAAUGGGUGGGUAGUGAAGAGGGGCGAGGAGUUGGGUAUUCAAUGUGCUAUGAACUAUAUGCUUGUCCAGUUGGUCAAGGGAAAGCGAAUGGUGGUGCAACAUGAGAUGGAAGAUAGUGUGCCGCUAGUUAAGCCCAAGCAGGCGAGGGCUGACACGGAAUUGGAUAUCAGAGACGGUGUGGCCGAAGCUACCAAGGAGAAGUUGUGA